AUGGCGUCACCUGCUAUUGCUCUGGCCUUCAUUCCUCUUCUGCUGACAUUGAUCAUUCGCUACCGUUAUUACUUUGUACUGCUAUAUCGAGCCGUCCUGGUCAGAAUAUGGAAGGACUGCGUCACUGGGUUGAGUCGAGAGGAGCGAGCCUACCAGUACGUUCUCACUCAUUCCAUCCCCGGAGACCCUGACAGUAUCCUGGAAGCCUUUGAUAUCUGGUGCAGUAAGGUGGAGUUCAUCAGCAACAUUGGCCCCCAAAAAGGGAAAGUCUUGGACCGUCUGCUGAUGGAACAGAGCCCUUUGACAGUGCUGGAGCUGGGGGCCCACUGUGGGUACAGCACUGUGCGGAUUGCUCGGGCUCUGCCUCUGGGGGCCAGGCUCUACAGCAUUGAGAUGGACCAGAGGAAUGCUGCCAUCGCUGAGAAGAUCAUUCGUUUAGCAGGAUUUGAUGAUGACACAGUGGAGCUCAUCAUCAAUCCGUCUGAUGAGGUGAUACCUCGGCUGCGAAGCGACUACAAUUUGGAGAGGCUGGAUUUUGUCUUCAUGGACCACUGGAAGAAAUGCUACCUUCCUGAUCUACAGAUGUUGGAGGGCUCUGGUCUGCUUGGAAAAGGAUCUAUGAUUUUGGCCGACAACGUUUUGUUUCCUGGGGCUCCAAAGUUCCUUCGACACAUUCGCAAAAGUGGCCUGUAUGAAUGGAAGAUCCACAGAGCCACGCUGGAAUACAGCAAAGGCAUAAGGGAUGGGAUGGCUGAGCUGGUGUACCAGGGAAUC